AAAAUGGCGAAAGUGUUAUUAUAAUUUGUUAUCGUACCGGUAUAUUAAUUACCUUCGAUAAGUUUAUUCCUAAACAUCAAAACACUUUAAUUGCAGAUAUUUUUUAUGACUGCCUUUUAAAAAAUUUCUAGCUCUGUAAAAAAGGAAAUGUGGUCAAAUGUGGAGACUACAUUUAACGCCAAUAGUACAGGGCCCCACAGAAAAGGGAGUGACCUCAAGAAAAAAUGGGAGAACCUCACAUCUACACAAAGAGGCAUCUACCAGGAUCAUCAGCGUAUGCUGACAUUGACUGGCAGUCCUCCGUUUAAUUCAAAGUGCACAAUCCUCACUGAGGCUGUGAUGAACGUAAUUGGAAAAGAGGGAGUUGACAUAAUGGGUAUUGGGCCCAGCAGCCUAGACACCUCUAUUUUGCAAUUGACCGAUAUGCGUGAUGAUGACCAGCAAGAUGCUGAAAUCAACAUCGCCAUGUGUACCUCAAGAUAUACACCAUCGAUGGCUGAGAAUGGCUAUAGAAGCGCAACUAUUUCUCCUCCAGACAAACCUUCACCUUCAUGUUGCAGUCAUUGCAGUCUACAUGAACUUAAUGCCUUGAAGAAGAGGAAGCUGGAGCUUCAAAUACAAUUGUUUGAGGCCCAGUUGGCGCGAUUUGAUGAGGAAUAGAUUAUUUUGUUAUUUGUUAUUAUUUUGUUAUGAAGAUAUAGUUUAGUUAUAUUAAAGAGUUACAUGAAAUUCA